GUUCAGAAAUAGCUUGUGGAGUAGCUUAUGGAAUAGGGCAUGGAAGUAGCAUUUUGGAUAUACUUGCUCGGCCGAUCGAUUGUGACGCAACGAGUCUACCGAUGAGCGCGCUACAGUACUCUUCUACACAGUCUUCACCCACCACUCCCACUAUAACUCAAACGCAGCUUUAUCCUCAACAUAUAAUGUCUUUACAGCCACCGUCUCCACAACCUGCAAAGAUGAGUACUAAUACUUUUGUUCAUAAGCUAUACAAUAUGGUUGUCGACAAACAAUACCAACACCUUAUUGCUUGGAAUUAUACUGGGUCAUCUUUCAUAGUGUGUAAUAUUAUGGAAUUUUCUCGUGAUGUGCUGCCGAAACAUUUUAAGCAUAACAAUUUUUCAAGCUUCGUACGCCAAUUGAACAUGUAUGGUUUUCAUAAAGUUAAUAAGUCACCUCGUGGCCAUCGCACAUUGGCUGAAAAUCAAAUAUGGGAAUUCUCUCAUGCAAAAUUUUUACGUGGGCGUCCUGAUUUACUAGAUGAUAUUAAGCGUAAGGCUAUGGAAUCAGAGACUCUAAGACGAGAGACGGGUGAUUUACAUGCUCUCAUUGCAAUGAUGCAAGUUGCACAGAAUGAGCUGACACAGCAAAUUAGACAGUUACAAGAGAAUUUUGCGGAGGUAAUGAGAGACUUAACUGAGACGAAGAAAAAGCAGACGAUCCAACAAGUUUGGAUGAAAAAUAUGGUGGAAUAUAUUUCACAGCAGCAUGGAACCGCCUCGUCGAUUCCGCUUGAACUAAAUUUGGAGAGUUUUGAAAGCAAACCAGAACCCGAACGCCCGCCGAUAUAUAUUACCUCAGCGGAACAUCAAAAUAUGAGUUAUAUGAUCUCUCACAGUAAUAUUCCAUCGCGUCCGUCGACGCCAUUGACAGUAGACACGAGUAUAGUCAGUUCACCUAGUCAAACUGGUUCACAUGGUCAAAGUCCAAAUCGUGUUAUGAACAUUCAACUCCCCUCUGGGAGUCCUUUUUUGGAUAAUGCCAUAUUAUCAAAUACUCCUCUGUCUCCUAAUUCCUUUAAUACCUUCACUACGGCCAUAAACACUCCUUUACCACCCAGUCCAUCGCCAGGUUCACCGAUGGGUCAUCUUUCCGAUGAUGAAAUGGAUAGUUCUUACUACUGUGCAAGCCCUGGUGAUACUUAUAUUAACUAG